AUGAGACGAUCAACACCACAGCUCGAGCCCUCGCAGCGCAGAGCGCUCAAACGCUCUCCUUCCGUGUCUGUACAGCUUCCCUCUGCUUUGUCGACACAACCAACUACCAGCAACAGCAACGCUCGCCUCAAGCGCACAAAUCGCAUCAAUGCGCUCGAUCGAUCUGGAUCCGGAUCUGAUCGAGAAGAGUCUGCAUCUCCCUCUCCCUCUCCCUGUAAGCGCCAACGUGCCGACUUUGCUGACCAACACCAGACAAACGGCAUAGCACCACGUCGCAAACACGCUGCAGAUCGUGUGCUUGAUUCAGACGACGACCAAGACGAACAGCAAGAUGACGUCGACCUCGCCGCCGCACCUCCGGAGAGCCUCGUCUCAGCCGAUUCCGUGACUGCCAGCGGGUACGAACCAACACAGCGCAAGCAUCGCUCCCCAGACAAAUAUCUCCCCGGCUCCAUCCGUCGCAUCGCCCUCUCCAAUUUCCUCACCUACGACUCGGUCGAGUUCCGCGUCGGUCCCUACCUCAACCUCAUCUGCGGUCCCAACGGUACCGGCAAGAGCAGUAUCGCAUGCGCCAUUGCUCUGGGCCUCGGAGGCCAUCCCAGUCUACUUGGUCGUGCCUCGAACCUCGGCUCGUUUGUCAAACGUGGUGAGACAGAAGGCUGGAUCGAGAUCGAGCUCCAAGCAAGCUCCGGCUCUUCCAACCCUGUCAUCCGACGCACCAUCACCACCGCCAGCAACAAGAGCGACUGGUACCUCGACGGUCGCUCCACCACAAAGUCCGACGUGCUUGCCACCGUGUCCGAAUUCAACAUCGACGUUGCCAAUCUCUGCUCAUUCCUACCGCAGGACAAGGUGCACGAGUUUGCAAAGAUGACUGAUGCAAAGCGACUCGUCGAGACCCAAAAGGCGGUGGGCGGUGCAAGGCUCGUCCGCUGGCACGAAAAACUCACCGAGCACGGCAAAGCCGCAGCCGAGGUCGCCAGUCAGCUCAAAACCAAGCGAGAAGAAAAGGCGCAUCUCGAGCAACGCAAUCAGGCGCUCCACGUUGACGUGCAACGAUUCGAAGAGCGACAGCAAGUCGAGCAGCGCAUAGAAAAACUCGAAGUCAUGAUCGCCAUGGCCGAUUACAACCGCACCAAGCGCAACGUCGCCGAAUUGCACCAAGAACGCGAGAAGAAACGCAAAGACCUCGCCGAUGCCAUCAAGCAGAGCGAACCCGUCAAACAGAAGCGCAAGGAUCUCGAAGAUUUGACGUCUAAACUCACAAUCGAACUUGAGCGUCUCCAAGCCGUCUACGCCAGCGACGACAAGAAGCGACGACAAUUGGUCAGCGCCGUCGAAGAGAUCGGACGCGAAAUCGAGUCUAGACUCUCGGACGUGGGCACACUCACGCGCAAAGACCAAGAUCGCGCACGUCGAGUGCUCGAGUUGCGCAAAGAGGUCGCCGAUCGUACCGCUCAACUCGGCGCAGCGCCCGGUGUUCAAGACACGGCCGAGAUCGAGGCCGAGUUGCGCAGCCAGAGAGACAAACUGGGCGACUUUCACGCUCGACGUGGCGACAUUCAACGUCAGAUGCAGGACGUCAACGUGGAAAGUCAGACGAUCGACAAAGGCUUGCACACGUAUCGCCAGCAGCUGGCACAGCUCGACAACGUGCCGCAACAGCGACUCGAGAAGAUCCGCGCCGCCGACGAGGGCGUCUACCGUGCCGUCAUGUGGCUGCGUGAGAAUCAGCACAGGUUCCGUAAACCGGUGCAUGAGCCCGUGCUGCUCGAAAUCUCGCUCAAGGAUCAGAGAUAUGCCGCUGCCGUCGAAUCGUGUAUUCCGUUUGCCGUGCAAAAGUCGUUUGUUUGUCAAACGCGAGAGGACUACGACCUAUUCAGCCACGAACUCAUCGAUCGGAUGAAGCUGCGUCUCACCGUAGCAGAAGUCCAAGGUAUCACGCUUGGCAGCAUGAAGCCGGACGUGCCACGCGAACAGCUGGCCGACCUUGGCUUUGAGGCGUACAUGAUCGACAUGAUCGACGGACCCGAGGAUGUGCUUGUGCACCUCUGUCGCCAAUCGCAUCUGCAUCGACUGCCCGUGACGCUCAACCCGAACGUGGACGUGGAGCGUAUUGAGCAAUCCGGUCGUUUUCGCCGCUUCAUCGCCGGAGGCGAGAACUUUACCAUCAACGUUUCGCGCUACGGCAACGAUGCUCGGCAGACGGUAUCGCGUCGAAUCAAUCCGGCGCGCAGCUUGGUCAACUCGGUGGAUCGAGAACGUCAGCGUUCACUCUCGACGCAGAUCCAGCAGCUGACGGAUGAAAAGAAGCAGCUCGAAGCGAAAACGCUGCAGCUGUUGAAGGAAGACAAGAGCGUGCAAGCGGCGAUUUCGCGCAUCGAACAGCAGGUCAACGAGCUCAAGUCGCAGAAGCGAGAUCGGAUAGGAGCGCAGCGUGCGUGGGAGCGCGAAUCGGCGCUCAUCGAAGCACGACGGCGCGAGCUGCGAGACAAGGAGCGCGAGGCGUCAGCCGAGGAGAAGCGAACGAGACUGAUGAACGAGGUGCGCAGAUUGGCGCAACGACGCAGUCAGAAGAUGCAGGACCUGUGCGCGCAGACGGUGCAGAUAAGCAAAGUGGCGGAUCGCAAGCACAUGGCUUCGCUCAGCAAGUGGCAGUGGGACGCAACCGCGGCUGGGUUGGAGAAUCAGCUGCGCGAUUUGCAGGAGACGGAGCGCGAGUUGGCGGCGACACUCGAGGAGGCAGUUGCUGCGCACGCAAGUGCGCGACGCGAGGCGCACGAACUGCGCACGCAGGUGCAGAAGAUGAUCGACGAGGCGGGCGAUCUGUUGAGCGACCUGGAUCCGCAAGACGACGAGCUGCUCGAUGUGGAUCGGCUCAACGCCGAGUUGCGCGCCGAGCAAAGUAAGCUCGAACUAGCCGAAGGAGUUCGACCCGAAGUUAUCGAUCAGUACCGUCAACGACAGCGCGAGAUCGCGACGUUGGGCUCCGAGAUUGCCGAGCUGAGCGAAAUGCAGACGCGCAUCAACGAGAGGAUCGACAAGCUGCGGAACAAGUGGGAGCCGACGCUCAGGCAACUUGUGUCGGCAGUGUCGCGAGAGUUUUCGCGCGCGUUUGACGAGAUGGGAUUAGCGGGUGAGUUGCGCAUUGUCGAGGAUGCGGACUACGAGAAAUGGAGGCUGGAGAUCAUGGUCAAGUUUCGCAAUGCAGAGGAACUGGCGCCGCUUUCGGCGCAGCAUCAGUCGGGCGGGGAACGCACUCUGUCGACGAUCAUGUACGUCAUGUCGCUUCUGCAGCUUUCGCGAUCUCCGUUUACGCUGGUGGAUGAGAUCAAUCAGGGGAUGGAUCCGACGGCUGAGCGCGUAACGCACAACCAUAUUGUGCGACUUACGUGCCAGACUACUGCGAGCCAGUACUUCUUGAUCACUCCGAAGCUGCUUCCGGAUUUGGCAGUGCAUGAGCUGCAGAAAGUGCUGCUGGUGUGUAAUGGUGUAUAUGGCGAGAGCAGGUUUGAUUUCAGCACUGUGCUCGAUAGAAAGAGGGCCGCUUUGCGCAUUGGUCGGCCAGCGCACACGCUCGCAGCCACUCGCGCUGUCAUGCACCAUGUACACCGCCACUUCUAG